AUUAUGGUUUUAUGAUUAAGAUGUAAAUAUAACCUAUAAAAGGAUGGUGAAUGAUGGUGAAUCCUCAGUGAAGCGAAUUUUGUUGAAUUGUUUCUUUCGAUACAUCAGUUUGAGAGAACAAAACCAAAAUGUUUCCAAAUGCAAAUUUAUAUCCUGCAAAUCACAAAACUGUGUUUGUUUUGGAUCAUACCCCAUACUUUGGGAUAUCAAGUGAACAGCACAUUGAGUUUGAUUUCAUAAAAUCUAGGGCUCCUGGCUUUCUGCAAGUGCCUCCAAUCUCAAAAUCUCUUUGGACAUGCAGUGUUGAAGCUUCUAUAGAGUACUGUCGCAUAGUUUGGGAUCUAUUUCCUACAGGAAAAUUGAUUCGAUUUAUUGCAAGUGAUGCAGUUGCUCACAUCUUAAACACAUGGGUAACAACUCAACAAAAUUUAAAUCAUAUUAUGAAUGGCAUGUCAUUAAUUGGUGUACCUCCACCACCAAGAACUGUUAAUACUCCUGAAUUUACCAUAAUUCAUGGUUUAAGAACAGCUAUUGAUGCCUUAAGUGAAAUAACAGAGUUGCAAGUGGAGAAAAUGGCCAAUUCAUCAGCCAAUGGAUCAACUAAAUUUAUAAAUCGUUGCAGAGUAGUUUGUAUUACCUCAGCUAGAGAUGAUGACAGUAUGAAAAGACUGGAAGAAAUAUUCCACAAUGUACUGCAACAACACAACAAAACAGCAAUUAAUGACACAUGCAUACAUAUUGAUCACUGCCAUUUAGUUAUUAUAAACACUUUUCCAAUUUCAAUUGAAUCACAUGUAAAUAAUCAUCCACCAAAAGUUUGGUCUCCAAUUUUAACAACUGAAGUGCAUUCAGUUAAAUGUACACUUAUAUCAUUAAAAUUGAGUACCUUAAUUCUGCAACAUUACAAUUUAGCUAGUACUACAGUAACUGGUAUUCCAAUGAAAGAAGAGCAGAAUGCGAGUUCAUCUGCAAACUAUGAUGUUGAAAUAUACCAUGCGAGUGUUGCACAUACGGCGAUGCUCAAAGGAAAUGCCGCAGAUGUCGCUGGAAUCAGGACAAUCAAAGAAGGAUUGGAAUACGAAACUGUGACUUUAAAAUGGUGCACUCCAAGGAGUUGCAGCGCAUCAGAAAUGCAGAAUUGCACUUCUAUGCAUAGGAUAACCCCAGUUGAUGUAAACUCAAGGCCAUCUCUUUGUUUAAUCAAUUUCCUGUUAAAUGGUCGGUCUGUAAUGUUGGAGAUGGCGAGGAAAAGUGGCGGGAAAAUUACCAGUCAUCUAUUGGCUGCACAUGGUGGUGAAAUAUUCAUACAUACACUUUGCACUGCUAGAUCUGUUUUGGAGGAUCCACCGUCGAUUUCAGAAGGAUGUGGAGGUCGAGUAACGGAUUACAGAAUAACAGAUUUUGGUGACCUGAUGAAACAAAAUAGGCUGUUUCCAUUAAAAAAUCAAUAUCAAAAUGAACCGCCCACUAGUAAGAUGGUUGAGCGUCUUACCAGACAUACUAAAUACUGGCCUUUAACCAUUAGUUCAACGUUAAUCUUCAAUCUGAAAGGGUUCAUUGAUCCUUUGUGGACGGCAAUCACGAAAGAUAAACUGAACGAUGAGGAGGUGCGACAAUGCAAACAAGUGGUUUACAAAUUGUUUAGUUUGGAGUCUAAACACGAGAUUCUGCCUAUACCUAAUGCGGGCCAAAGGAUCAAAGGGCAAAAGCGGGAAGAUCAGUACAAAAUAAUGUGGAAAGAAUUAGAAACAUUGUUAAAGAGUAAUCAGCACACUGAGAACCACACGUCCGUGUACAUUUGUUUGAAGGAUUGCCACAAAUACCGUGCAGAAGAUAAACUGAGUGACAAAGUUGAACUAGAUCAAGCUUUAAGGGAAUUAGAUCAAUUAGAACCUGACCAUCAAAGAGCCUCAGUGAUAAGAGCAACAACGGAUUCCCCUAUGUCGCCCCCUCCUCUUGCAAGUAUAGUCUCUCCAAUUUCUCGAUCCACGCGUGGAUCAGGAAGCAUUUACUCCCAGAAAUCACUAUUCGACAUAUUUGCAAAUCAAGAAUCAAAGGUUAAACCGCGAUCAGACUUUUAUGGAAGGGACCCGGAUAGUCUCAAAGUGAAACUGUAUCCUAACAUGAAAUUGGACAAUGAAAGAGUUGUUAAAGGCGAAGCCAUGGUUAUUGAAUAA